UAUAGGCCUGCUAUUCUUUCCACGUUUCGAUUGUCUUUUUUGCUCCGUGUAAAGAAAAACCUCGUGUGAAAUUCUCUUUGAAAGACAGAGAGAAAUGCAUUUAAGAGCUGUGAUCUUUUUCCUGUCACUUUCAAAAACUUUAGCGUACCCAUUGCACAGUGACACCAGAGAAGCAGCAUGGACUGACCCAAAUGGUAACCAGGCUCAUGACAAAGUAGACCUCACAAAAGACGUGCAUAGAAUCUACAAGAGCAUCAUAGACAGCAGUGAUCUUUACAGCCAUAAAAGCGAUGAGAAGAAUCACGUGGCAGAGGAGAUGCAGCGCAAACUGGCCAUGGAGUCCGAGCGCCUGCGCGUGCGUCUGCGCCAAGAGCUGGCUGAGCUGAGGGAGAGGUUAUCUCCAUCUCCGGUCCAUCUCAGCGCUGCCCUGGCCAGCAUGAGGGAGCGUCUGACCCCUCUCACUCAGCAGCUCCAGAGCUCUCUGAGCAGCAACACCCAAGAUCUGUGCAGCCAGCUGAGUCUCUACCUGCAGGGUCCGGAGACGGGGGAGUCUCAGAUGGAGGCCGGUCCAGGUUGGAAUCAGGACACCUUCCAAUGGAUCAGCCAGAGCCUGGAACGGAGCAGCCUUCGGUUAGGUAACAUCAUCAGCGACUUCCACACGGCAACCAGGGACAUCGCUGAAGGUCUGAAACCGACAAGCCCUCCCGAGGACGAGGAAAAGGACUCAAAGGUGUGGCAGGCCAUGAAAUCCAAGCUGGAACAAGAAGUGAGUGUCCUAAGGGAGGAGGCCCAGAACAGGGUGGAGGUUCUGAAGGCUCAGCUUGCAGCUCUGCUAGAAUCCGCUCAGCCUCUGAAGUCUGAACUUAAAGACAGCGUGGAGCGAUUCUGCCAAAACGCCGCCCUACAGAACCAAGUGCUUCAGGCCCGGAUAGAAAAGCUGGUUAUUGGGGUGGAGGAAGAGGUCCUCGAUGCCUCCCUCCAGCCUCUGCCACCUUCUUUGUCUUCACAGGAAGGCGGCUCUUUGCAGGAGGACUUCUCGGUGAAACUCUCUGCUCUGAUCCAGGACAUUAUGCACUCUAUGCAGUGACAAAAACAAGCACUUUUUUUAAACCAAAGCACAGAUCAAAUUUAAGUGGCAUACAUUCUUGUCCACAAAUGUAUUUUGUGUAUGUUGCUGUGCUGUAAGCAGGCUGUAAAUAUUUUUGAAUGAAUGAAUCAUUCUGUGUAUGAAUGAGUGUAUAAAAAUGUCAAAAUUGAACCAUGUAAAAAAAACUGUUACAUUUGGAAAGAAAACUGUGUUUAGAAUUAUGUAAAAAAAAGAAUCACUUUUAAUUAAUGUAUCGGGAGUGUAAGAGAGCAAGUGUUUGAUGUUUUCAUUUAUCUGUAAUAAAGACAGACACUCCA